AGUUUCGUUUCAACUCCAUCCCGAAAUCCGCAAUUCCUCGAAAUCCGUUUCGAAUCCAGGUUCGUUUCGACGUGCGAAACUUCCGAUGAAGUAGUUUUGUUUUUGUGAUCCAAAAAACCUCGAUGUGCAACCCGAUAUUUCCAUCUAAACAAUUUUUAUUUUAUACUACGAAUAAUCAAAAUUUAAUAAUUUGUAUCGGAAAUUUUUUUUGAAUAUGGAUUUAAAUUCGUUGCAGGAUCUUCAAGGAUAUUUAAACACUAGCAAACUAUAUUUCGAAUGUGGACUGGGAAACACAACACCUGGUUACUGCCCCGAAGUAUUCGAUACGAAUUUAUACUACAUGGCGGAUACGGAAAUAUGUUGGCCGGAAACUGCCCCGGGUACGAUCGUGAAUCGUUCGUGUCCCGAAGUAGCCGGACUCGAUCGUUCUCAAUUGAUGUUCAAAGAAUGUUUGUCGAAUGGUAGUUGGUACAUCAAAUCGGUGAAUGGUACCUCAAUACCGUACGUUGAUUACACGCGAUGCAUUAAUUUGGAUGAACUGGAGUUUCUCACAUUCAUGAACAAACUAUCAGUUAUCGGAUAUUCGGUAUCAUUAGCAGCUUUAUUAAUAUCUCUAACCAUAUUUUUAACAUUUAGAACUUUGAAAUGUACCAGAAUCCGCAUCCAUACUCAAUUAUUUAUAUCGUUUAUAUUGAAUAACGUAUUAUGGAUAAUUUGGUACGAAGAAGUCGUUCCAUUUUACGAAGUACCAGUAGCAAAUCCGUUAUGGUGUCAAAUACUACAUGUAUCUAAGGAGUAUUUCAUGGUAGCGAAUUACAUGUGGAUGUUUUGCGAAGGUCUGCAUCUGCACAUGGCGUUGGUGGUGGUUUUCGUGAGGGAGGAACGCACCAUGAGGUGGUUUUUCGGAUUGGGAUGGGGGGUGCCGGUUCUAAUUAUAAUUCUGCAUAAUUCGAUCAGAUUUUUCUAUACGCGCGACACCAGAAGAUGCUGGUUGGAAGAAUCCAGUUUCAGUCACUGGUUUCUCAGUAUACCGGUUUUAAUUAUUUUGGGAGUUUGUACAGUUUUUUUGAUAAACGUUUUGAGAGUUAUACUGACGAUAAUGCAUCCGAAUUCCCAAAAUCCAGCACCGAUCGGUAUAAGAAGAGCUACUAGAGCCGCUUUAAUUCUAAUACCCCUAUUCGGUAUCCAAUACAUCUUGUUACCGAUGAUUCCCGAACAACAUCAUCCCUUAUACCAUUUCUAUCAAUGGUUGACGUUAAUCAUGGUACCGUUUCAGGGUUUGUGCUGUUCGUGUUUAUUCUGUUUCGCCAAUCAAGACGUGAUACAAGCUAUAAAAAAUUUGAUUAAUGGGUUCAGACAAAGAAACGCGAGAUUCGGAAGUUACAGAUAUACGGGUGGAGCCGUAGACAGCGCUGGAGUUUACGUCGUCAAUGGAUCCCACCGAAAAUCAACAGUUUCCACGAAAAUUUGAACUUUUCUAACCCGGGUUUAGAUUUUUCAUUUCCAAUAUUGAUUUAUCGAUUUACCUACACGGAUAAGCAUUCCAUAAUGAAAAUUUGUGUAAGAAAAACAAAAUUUCAUAAUCGCCUCGAUGUUAUUCUCGAUAAUUCGAAAGAUAAACCUAACCUCACAUAUAAACUAACCUAAAAUAUGUAAAUCGAGAUUGAAUAGUCGAUUUGGCGGAUUGUUCGUAUCCGUGCGGGUAUAACCAGGGUUGCCAGCUCUCGUCGACGAAAAUCCGAGUUUUUGGGAUACGGUCGAAAUUCUAGCUUGGCGGCCGUACAACUGGAACGCAGAUUCAGAAAUUACUGAAGAAGGAAAACAGAUUUCGAUUGACCAAACGUUUUUGAUUGAUUUUGAUCCAAAUCUGCGGUGCCCAGCAGUCAGGAAAUCGUCUUCCAAAGACAGAAAAUACGAUUAUUCGGAAUCUUCUUAAAGUUUUGGCCUAAUAACACCAUCUAGUAUAUGUUUUGUCAUAUUUUGGGGUUUCUUCGACGAUUUAUUUCAAAUUUACCCUCUUGAUUUCGAUUUAAAAGCGAUUUUCCCAAACCCCGAGAUGUCCUGAGCGAUUGGCAACCUUGGGUCGAUCUUAUGAAAAUCUUUGAUGUUGUGUAAUAGAUUUUAAUGUAUAAUAAAAAGGAAAAUAGAAAAAAUUAAAAGU